CCGACCUCACCGGCUUAUCCACUCAAAGUAACCGAUGGAUCGACAAGAGCUUGAGCAGUAUCAGGCACAACUUGCUCAGGUCAACGCGGUCCUCGAAGAAGAUGCAGAAAAUGAAGAACUCCAGUCUCUUCGUACCGAAAUCGUGGAGCUGAUCGACCUCGCACAAAAGGCACUUGCUCAAGAAGCGAUCGCAGCGGCACGAGCAAAGGCUUCUGCUGCCAAAGCUGCCACCGGAGUGCGCGCCAUUCCACAAGCGGACUUCAAGCCCGGCGGCGACGUGGAUGCCAAAUACUCUCGUGACGGUCACUGGUACCCAGCCAAGAUCAUCGCUGUUGGAGGGAGCGAGUCGAAUCGCGUAUAUACGGUGCUCUUCAAGGGUUAUUCAGAGACCGAGAUCGUCAAAGCAAGCGAGAUCCGUGCGUCCACGUCGACCCAGCCCUGGCAGAAUCCGCACAACGAUGCCAAGCGCAAGCUUUCGAAGGAGGAAGAGGAGGAAAGGGAGCGCAAGAAGAAGCGGAACGAGAAGAAGCUAGAGGUGCGCGCACACAAGGCAAAGGAGCAGCAGGAUAAGCAGCAGGCAUGGAUGAAGUUUGCAAAGAAAUCAGAGAAGAAGGGAAUCGAGAUUGCCGGUAUGUCCGGUAGGAGUAUAUUCAAGAGCCCGGAUAACCCGCUUGGGAGAGUCGGCGUGACUGGCUCAGGAAAGGGCAUGACAUCCUACACGUCAAUGGGGAAGCACAAGUUCGCGGCGGAAGAAGACGACGAAUGAAUAUGUCAUGGCCGUCUCCUCAUAUAGCCGAGCUCCGCACCGAGUGGAGCAUUGGACGUGGCGUUAGUCGAAGCGCAUACACGAGUCGUCUGGCUAGUCCUUCCCCUUUUCCCGUGCAUACAUUGCCCUCACCCCUAUCCCGCUCAUCUUAUCCACCCCAUCCAUCGUUACCCAGGACGGUGGGCCGGUGUACUAUAUGCAGACCAGAACGCUGCUCCUACCGAGUCGAGGCUGUACCUGGGAAUGUUCUAUCGCUCCCAUCGCGGCCCCCGCCGGAUCAUCAUCAUCAGGAUCGAUUCUUUUGCUGGUGCCGUGCUGGCGCAGGAGCGAAAUAAAUACACACUCGCUGUCAU